UAACUGGGGAAGGUGAGAGAGAACUUGGUGAACUCGUGUCUGUGUGCAUCUCUGUGGAGAACAAAGCCAAAGGAACUGUUAAAUUGAAGGGUCAGUGUUUUUUUUUGUUGAGAGAACUGUUGGAAAAAAGUACACCUCUGUCUUCUCCUUGCCCUGAAGAACUAGCACAACAAUUAUGAGGAGUUUUACUGCAGCAUUUUUUAAUUCUAAACUUCUGUAUAUGGCACGUGUGACAGCAUUGAAAGAAAUAAACUGUGUGAGCAACCUGAUAUCCUUAAGGACUGUGAGCACUCAGAAGAGGACAUGUCCACUAUUCUCUGUCCAUCCCAGUCGAGGGCUGGUGGAUGAGAAGUUUCGGAUUGUUGUAACAAAUUUACCGCCAAGUCAAAAGGUGACACUACACUCUCUACAUCAAACAGAGGAUAAGGACUUCUGGGAGGCGUUUGGACACUACAUCAGUGAUGAACACGGAACAGUUACAGGGACCAAAGAUGAAAGUUUGGGAGGCACUUAUGAAGGAGCAGAGCCAAUGGGGUUGCUGUGGAGCAUGAGACCCGUACCAGGAAAUCAACCAGGACUCAGAAUACGCAAGAGGGAUGUUCUUACACCGAUGGUAGUUCACAUUUCAGUAUACAGUGGGCAUCUAUCUCAAGGCUUCAGCCAGAAACCACCCCUGGCAACGAGUGUCAUAGAGCGCUGGCAUAUAGCACCAGGUGUGAAAAGGAUAAACAUCAGUGAGGAAGAAGUACAAGGAACACUAUUCCUACCUCCAGGCCCUGGGCCGUACCCAGGAGUGCUGGACCUGUGGGGAGCAGGUGGUGGUUUGGUCGAAUACCGCUCUGCCCUGCUUGCAUCUCAUGGCUUUGCAUCCAUGGCACUUGAUUACUUCGCUCCAAAAGAGAUGAGAUUGCAAGAUGUUGAUAUUUCUUACUUUGAGAAAGCAUACCAGAUCCUGAAGAAUCAUCCAUUGGUACAGCCGGAUCAACUGGCUGUGCUUGGGCUGUCUUUUGGAAGUAUAAUCACACUCAGUAUUGUGGCCUACUCCAAUGUCAUCAAGCCCCAGUGCUGUGUGUCUAUUAACGGAAGUCACCUGAUUCCUUUUGACAAAAACCUCUUUGAACUCAUUGACGAGAUGAAUAAGUGAGACACAGAAAACAGAAAAUAUGUUAUGGUGUUAUAAAGUGUUUUGCAAUUUUGUUAUUCAGUGUGGUCCCAAAAUUUGAGCACUUAAUUCACACUUAAAAGUUUAAGAACUUGACAAGUACUGCAUCUCUGUCAUUGGCUUUCAUAGAACUACAGUUACAUUCAUAACUGCCAUUUUAUUUUAUGCCUCCUGACUGUCAGUGAGGCUUUUGGAUGACCACAUACCAGCAUAGGAAAGAGUUAAAGAUACACGUCCAUCAGGAAAGAAAACUAUACUUGGGAGAACUGCAGGAACAAAAACUGUAUAUGACGCAUAAGAAAUUCUGUAGAAACUAGUUAAAGUGGAUGGGGAUGACCAGGUAGCCUCUGCACAUAUAUCAUUAAGUGGGACCCACACUUAAUGAUAUAUUUAACUAUCCACUGCCUUAUAGGGAUGUACAUUUACUUUAUUUCCCAAAUGAGAGACUUGCCACUGUGAAUGUGGUACACCAACCGUGUGACAUAGUUGAUCUGUAGAGUUUCUGUAUAUUUAUAAACAAAUAUACAUCAUA